AUGACGGUUCAGAAUGGUGUUAUCUUUAAGAGAGAAAGAAUCGUCAUUCCUAAGUCAAUGCGACCGGAGAUGUUACAGCGGAUACACUCAAGUCACCUUGGAGGAGAAUCCUGUUUUCGAAAGGCGCGAGAUGUGCUGUACUGGCCUAAUAUGAGCGCAGAAAUCAAGGAUAUGGUCGAACAGUGUACUACGUGCAAUGAAUAUCAGCAGGCGCAGAAGAAAGAACCGUUGAUGACACACCCUAUUCCUGAAUGCCCAUGGAGCCGUAUUGCCAUGGAUAUCUUCACACUACAUGGAGAAGAUUACCUUAUCACUGUGGAUUUUUAUUCAGAUUUUUGGGAAGUGGAUCGUUUGGUUGAUAUGACAGCAGCUACAGUAAUUGAACACUGCAAGGUGCACUUUAGUAGACAUGGAGUGCCCGAUGUCGUCAUGAUGGACAAUGGUGGACAGUUCGAUAGUAGAGAUUUCACUAGUUUUGCUAAAGAUUGGGAAUUUGAACAUACAACGUCAUCACCAUAUCAUAGUCAAUCUAAUGGAAAGGUUGAGGCAGCAGUAAAGAUUGCGAAGAGGCUAAUGAAAAAAAGCCAAGCGAAGUGGUCUAGAUGUGUGGAAAGCUAUUCUUGA